CCUGCAGCAACUCGGCAUCUCCUUCUCUCCUCUCUCCAUAACCUUUUCCUCUCUUUUGAAACGUCUCUCUCUUUCACUACAGAAUCAUUUCUAGAGCCUAUUGGAAUCCAUUUCAGAACCCUGAUAAAUCUAUCUCAUAACCCACCUCUCUUAAUUUCCCCGCCCCUCGUCCUUUCAAUUUAAGUUAUUUCCACCAUUUUAGGGCUUCUUACCUCCAGACCAGCAGCGUAUUCGCUUUCUUCCGUCCUCCGCAUUCGCUCAACUUUGAAGACUGCAGUUCCUGCUGUUGCAACUGAGUGUUUUCUUUCUUCAAUUUUCAGAAUAUAACGCCCAAAUCUUGAUCAGUUUAGGUUGCUUAUCCGUUUUCAACUUUGUGUUCUUGUACAUUUAUCUGAACCACGUUUAUACUUUUAAGAGAGCUUCUUCUUCUUUUAAAGUUACAGCUGCUUAGGGUUUUUCGUUAUUUGUUUUUUGGGGUGGAUGCUGGGAGGCAUUGUUUGGCGGUGGGAUGAAUAGUGUGUUCAGCGAACAAAUACUGGCAGACAAACUCUCCAAGCUCAAUAGCACUCAACAGUGUAUUGAAACACUCUCACAUUGGUGUAUAUUUCAUCGAAGCAAAGCUGAACUGGUUGUUGCAACAUGGGAUAAGCAGUUCCACAGUUCACAAAUGGUUCAAAAAGUUCCUCUUUUGUAUCUUGCAAAUGACAUCUUGCAGAAUAGCAGGCGUAAAGGAAAUGAAUUUGUUGCUGAAUUUUGGAAAGUUCUUCCAGCUGCUCUCAAAGAUGUUGCUAUGAAGGGUGAUGAUCAUGGGAAGAAAGUGGUGUCUAGAUUGGUUAAUAUAUGGGAAGAACGGAGGGUAUUUGGAUCCCAUGCGAUUAGCCUAAAGGAUGUGAUGCUUGGCGAAGAUGCAGUGCCCCCCCUUGAAUUCAGCAGAAAACGUUCACGCUCUGUUAGAAUUAUGAAACGAGAUUCACGGUCAAUUAGAACGAAAUUGACCAUUGGAGGUGCGGCUGAAAAAAUUAUAUCGGCAUUUCACUUGGUGCUAAGUGAAUAUCCCAAUGAAGAGGCAGAGAUGAGUAAAUGCAAGUCUGCAGUUAAUCGUAUUAGAAAGAUCGAGAAGAAUAUUGACAUUGCCUAUACUAGUGCACAAGAGCCAAAAUGCAAACCUUUAACAAAAGAACUAGAAGAAGAAGAGAAUCUUUUGAAACAGUGUAUUGAGAAACUUAAAUCAGUUGAAGCUAGUAGACUAGCACUUAUAUCUCAGCUGAAGGAAGCCCUUCAUGAGCAGGAAUCCGAACUGGAGAACAUUCGAACUCAAAUGCAGGUAGCAGAGGCUCAGGCAGAUGAAGCCUGCAACAUACGAGCUCGGCUCAACAAUGGAGACUAUUUGUCCAAACCAUCUAUUAAAACGGCCCUACCAAUUGAUACGAAUUCAAAAGCUGGAGAGACACCAAAGAGGACAGCUGCUGCUAUCGCAGCUGAGGUUGCUGACAAACUUGCAGCCUCUAGCUCCUCUCAGAUGAUCAUGCAUUCAGUUCUUUCCACAUUUGCAGCUGAAGAGGCAAAGAAUGCUGGUCUAACAAAGGGCUCCACAGUGUCCAAGUUAACAUCUUCAUCCGAUGAUUCAGUGAUGAAAUCUGAGAAGUCCUUGCCAAUUAUGGAUCUUAAUGCAUUUAUACCAACAUCAUCUCUUACUGCUCCACCAAAACACUCAUACCAGUCGGUUAUGGUGCCACAACCAAGCAUGCAGAACCAGGCUCCUAGUUCUCAAGGUCAAUAUCACAUUCUUCCUAAUACACCUUCACAGCAGUAUCUGCAGCCAUCAGGAGGGAUCAUGGCCCCUUACGUGUAUGGCAGUAUUCCCCCACUGCCGCCGGGGCCACCACCACCACCUCCACCUCAUAUGAUGAAUCCAAUGAUGCCUUUGACACAGCAGCCAAUGCAAAUUACUCCACAACAUCCAAUUGCUUCGGCACAGCAGCCACCUCCAUUAGCCUAUCAGCAACUAGCACCAUUAACUCAGCAACCACCGGCACCACCAAAUUUUCGACCACUUCAGCCACCAGGAAUGGUGUAUUAUGGUCCGCCACACCUUUCUCAGUGACAAGACUUUUUUUUAGGGUUUAAUUAGGAGUCCAACAGUAAUCACACAGGUAUCAUAAGAUCAUACAAUGCUGUCAGGGAGUGGCGAUUUCAAUUUUUUAGCCCAAAUGGAUCAGAAACUCUUGAGGAAAAAUGGUAAAGUUGGCAUGCUGCUGGUAAUGCCUGAACUGAGGCUCUCUGCAAAAGUAUCAACUUGGCUGUAUGGGUCAUGUAGAUGGCUUUCUCCAUACAUGGAAAGAUUGGAAGACUUCAUCCUGAUGAUUCCAGAUAAGGUCACCACAAAGCAGCGCCAUUUUGUGGUUAGCACUAUGGUUCCUCUGUUCUUUGCAAACAAAUACUUCUAUAUGGUUUGGCUUGAAUCUGUGCAAACUCUCUCUCCAAGGCUCAUAUUACUCAAACGAGGCAUCUGGUUGUCGGUAACUCCCGAAUUAUUUUCUACAUUUGACCUAACAACUCAUUGGAGACCAUACAAGACACUAACAAUCCAAUAUGCUCCACAAAUUUUCAAAUGAUAAUAACAUUGAUUUUAAUCCCAAAUCAAUUCCAGGGAACAACCUAGUUCAUGAAUCAGGUGAGCUGGUUACAAACAUGGAUUAUUAUUUUGGGUCAGUAUUUUGAUAACAAUAGAAUGUUGAAGGUCAAAUCUUCAAGAUUCAUAAUCCAUUUUACCAUUUAUAUGCCAAA